UGUGUAAGUGUCAAUAAACCUUUCAGGCUCUCACAAAUGGACCUUGAGAUGAGUAAGACACCUAAAAGCAGAGACACUCACAAGGGUAGAGGACAUUUAUUUAAUAGCGAUCUCAGACAACAAACGCCUCUUCAGAAAAAGAAUGCUGACCAAUGUUGAACCUGAAAAAACUGCAUCGAAGCUUGAGACACAAGUACUGUCACAAUGGGAUGCACUCGACCAUCCUUCCUGCCCAGAUCAGAAUACCGCUCACUGACGAGUCACAAUUGGAAAUAUAUCUUGACUCUAACAGCAGUGAUCCAAACACAGCAGACUGUGCUGGCAGCAGUGGGAGAAGAUGCUGAAGUCAGCUGUCAGCUCUUGGAGCCUAAAGACGUCGUUCAGGUCACAUGGCAGACAACUUCAAAUAAUGUGGAGACAAAUGUUGCCACCUACAGCAAGCAGUUUGGUCAGAGAGUGAAUGAUGGCUUUAAAGAUAAAUUUGAGUUUAAACACACUGGACUACAGAACUGCUCCAUAGUCAUCAAGAAUUUGACGGAGCAGGAUGAAGGCUGCUAUCGCUGUCUGUUUAACACUUAUCCUGAAGGAGCCUUUAUCGGUAGACCCUGCCUCCAACUCUAUGAGCUGCAUGAACCUGUUGUUGAUGUCAGAGAGUCAAACUCUACUGAAGAGUGGGUUGUUUCCUGUUCAGCCACUGGUCGACCUGCUCCCACUGUAACACUGAGUGUCUCACAAGAAGACCUCAGCUUCUCACAGUACAACACUGUCAGUGUGUCCAACACCAACGCUACAUUCACUGUCACCACUACAGCUGUGCUCUCAGGUUCACGUAAACACAGCACACAGGUGGGAUGUGCAGCACGAGUGCUCUCUGCUCCUCACAGAGAGGUGAUGGUGACGAUUCCUGAAGAUGAUGAUGAUGAUGGUUUGGAUAAGAAGUCAGGAUCUAAUCAAAGGAAUUUAGGAAUCACGAUUUCAGUGACUUCAUCCUCUGUGGUGUUGGUGCUUGGUGUUCUCAUCUGUGUCUGGCUUAGAAAGAAAUCUCAGAACAGUCUUUCACACAUGGCGAUUCAGUUGAAUGAAACACCUGAAACUGCAAACAGAGACACUGAUGAGACUGAUACACAAGAGUGCAGGGAAGUCAGACAAGAGACUCCUGAGCGAACUCAACAAAAUCAUAACCAAGUGUUGUCAUCAGCACCCGCAAGAAGACUCAUUUUUGAUGAAAACUGAAACAAAGAUUUGAAUGACAGAAAGUAUCCCACAAGAUGGUGUAUAAGAACUUCUUUUAUUUAUGUAUUAGUCACAUUAAUUAAUCCUAUAUUGCCUUAGUGCCACUGGACCUUAGCAUGUUUCACAUUCAUGCAGUUCGACAGAUGGUGGGGGCCUGGUAAGGAUGUUGGGGGGAAGCAGACCACUCCACAGGAAGAGUCUUUUGUCUCUUAGGCU